AUGUCACUCAAAUACGUAGCAAGUUAUUUGUUGUCUGUCACCUGCGGCAAUGAAAGCCCAUCCAAAAGUGAUGUCAAGGAAGUACUCAGCUCCGUAGGAUCUGAAGUAGACGAGGACGCCUUGGACGCUUUCUUCGCAGCAGUAUCUGGAAAAUCAGUCCACGAAACUAUAACCGCCGGAUUGGAGAAACUUCAGAAGGUGCCAGCAGGAGGAGUAGUCGUAGCUUCGUCCACAUCCCAAGCAGCCGCUUCGUCAGCCAAACAAGAGGAAGCCAAGAAGGAGGAGGAGCCUGAAGAGGAGGAAGACGAUAUGGGUUUCUCUCUAUUCGACUAA